AGACGACAACGACGACGACAACAACAAUAAGAAAUGCCUUAUUUUUACGUACAUUCCGUUAGGGAAAGGCUGUGCACAGCCGGAAGAUUACCGCAGAUCUAUUGUAACCAUACUUUGCUGACUCGAGCCGUUCACACCCGCAAUGAUUUGUCUGAACAACAAUUGGCUGAUAUGUUUAUACAGCAAAAGAUUGAUGCCAUCAUCUAUAUUAUUAUUGUUUUAAUUUUUUACGGAGUAAUCAUAUCGAUAGUAUUGGUAACCAAUUGUCAUCGAUUUCGUGACGAACGGUUCGACCUAAAGAUUCCCCGACGAAAGGAUUUGAUGGUCAGGAGUGACAGUAGUCUGAAAAUAUUGGAUCCGAUCAGAGAUAGUGUUCCCAACUAUUCAGCCAUCAAUGUUGAGACUGACGUUUAG